AUGGCAUUCACUCAUGCCGAUAUAGACAAUUCAAACAGUUUCAGCGAAGCCAACAAUAAAAUACGUUUGAUCAAUGCACUGUACCGGAAAGCACCGCAUUUAGCGAGUCAUUUGAAAAUUGAUAUACGUGAUGCAACUGAUGCGGAUUUCUAUAUACCGGCUACAUUGAAACAUGCAUCAAAAGUGGUCAAUAUUGAAAUUACCAAAACACUCUGUGAUAUGCUGUCUUGUAAUCCGUCCAAAGAGAAAGGUAUGUGCAAUGAAAAUGAUAAGGCCACUUAUUAUUAUGUGGGUGAUGAUGGCUGGGAUAUACAGUGUCAGCCGGCCUGUUUCAAUACAAUCGAGACCAAAGUGUACAAUGAACAGGGUCAACGUAAAACCAACACACCAAUGCUAAACUAUCACAACGGCAAGUGUCGACUGGUCAACUCGCCGAUUGUCACCUACUUGGAGAAGCCAUUCUUUCGUUCGACAGUCAAAUAUGAAACACGUCUAAACGAUAUGCCAACCGGGUUCAGUCGUCGCCCACCAGUUGCAGAAAAUGAAUACGGUUGUGGACUUGACUAUCGAACAAAUAAAACCUACUGUCAGUAUUACGAUCGACACCUCAUGUCGGACGGCUCGUGCAGUAUGACAAAAUGGGAAAAAGUGUUGGACUCAGUAAUUGGUAUGAGUCUUAUCAACUCAAUAAAGUCUUCAAUUCGAGUUGUUUCAAACCAACAUGUACCAUUUGAAUUACCCGAACACUUGCCGCCACUACCAACUCAAAUACCAGACAUGUAUACACUGGACGGUUGGAAAAACAAUAUAGACAAAUCGUUUAUUGUGCCACCACUAAUAGAUACACGACCAAAACAACACAAUAAUACCGGUAGUCGAUCAAAGCGUUCAACUGCCGACAACACAAACCAACACGACCGACGACGAUCAACUGAAAACGAAUUACUUGAUUUCGAAACAAUGUCUCCAUUUAUGAAAAAACAAUACAAUAUACCACACACUACUGAUCAGGGUGGUGGUGGUGGUGGUGGUCGAAUUAAACGUGCCGCAAUACCUGGUGGUGCGAUUACAUCCACCUCGGUUGAUAGAUUUAAAGAAGUAUUUCUGGAAAUGUUACACAUCUUAACUACUGAUCCCAAGUUUUGGCUAAUGCUUGGAAUGAACAUUGCCACCGACUGGUCAAUCGACUAUAUUAAAACGCUUUGUGCUCGUCUCAUCGAACAAAUGACAAAGUAUGUGUCUGUGAAAAUGAUUGACAUGAGUGCAAUGGUUGGUAGUAGAGUUCUAGCCGCCUGUCUUAGAAGUCUAAGUGUAAAACUUGUAACCGGCACUGUAGCUCGUAUAGGUUCAAAAUCAGCUAUCAUGCUGGCAAAAAUUGCUUCGGCAGCCACCUCGGUUGUCGGCUGGUUUUUGAUUAGUGCCAUGAUAUUUGAUAUGAUAUUAACAGUUUGGGAUCCGUUCGGAUAUAAGAAUUUAUUUCCAGCAACUUUCCCCAGCGAUAUGAUGGCCAACGGCGAGUUGGCACUACGACAGGCAUUUGGUAAGGCUACGACCGACUAUGAGUUUGACAUGUUUGUCGACACAGUGUUGUCACAAGAAGAAAUCAUCAUGUUACAAGUCGACUCAAUGAUCGAUCGUCUUAUAUACUUGGAUGCUUUGAUUGUCAAUUCUAAUGGUACUAGACUUGAUAAGGGUCAAUUGGUGUAUUUGGGACAGUCUAGUGCACAACAAAUGAAAAUUGCCGCCAACGCGGCAAUGGCUAAACGUGUACAAUUCAAUCCAAGAACAUACCAACAGUACAAUCAGGCAUUUCUGGAUCGAAUGAGAAUAUCAAAAGCUCUAAACUAUGUGUCAAUGGGUUCGGCUGUUGUCGGUAUUGUUGUUUGGUUGGUAUUCCAUUUGAAUACACUCGGUAUACUAUUGGCAAUCAUAGCAAUAUGCCUGUUUGCAUUGAAUCGGUACACACUUGAAAACGAUCUACUUGUCGAUCUUUUCAGACAGUUGCGUAUAUUUAGAGACGAUUCAAAAUUCAAUCUGCAGGCUCGCUCACAUUGA